AACCCAACAAAUGCCCCUAGGGCCCCCUAAUGAAAGUCUCAGGAGCCCAGACCUGUGGAGGAAGACUCUCCCUCUACCUGCCUCUCAUGACUGCAGCAGUGUGGCCGAAGCACUAAGAGGAAGCCUAAAUUUGAAUCUGCUGGCCCAGGGCCUGUGGGGCACCUUCCUGGGUUUGCCAUGGAAGGGCAGCCCAGAGGGAGCAGAGGCCCCCUGGAGAAGCCCCUCCCUGCUGCCACCCAUCCCUCUCUGUCCUCACUGGGCGCCGUGUUCAUCCUCCUGAAGUCCGCUCUGGGCGCCGGCCUGCUCAACUUCCCCUGGGCCUUCUACAAGGCAGGAGGCAUGCUGCCCACCUUCCUGGUGGCCCUGGUAUCUUUGGUCUUCCUGAUCAGCGGCCUGGUCAUCCUGGGCUACGCAGCAUCUGUCAGUGGCCAGACCACCUACCAGGGUGUGGUCCGGGAGCUAUGUGGCCCCGCCAUGGGGAAGCUGUGUGAGAUCUGCUUCCUGACCAACCUGCUCAUGAUCUCUGUGGCUUUCCUCAGAGUGAUCGGGGACCAGCUGGAGAAGUUGUGUGACUCCCUCCUGCCUGACGCCCCACAGCCUUGGUAUGCAGCCCAGAACUUCACCCUGCCCCUGAUCUCCAUGCUGGUCAUCUUUCCCCUGUCAGCACUUCGGGAAAUCGCCCUCCAGAAGUACACCAGCAUCCUAGGUACUCUGGCUGCCUGCUACCUUGCUCUGGUCAUCACGGUGCAGUACUACCUGUGGCCCCAGGGCCUCAUACGCCAGCCCCGUCCUUUGCUGAGCCCAUCUCCCUGGACCUCUGUGCUUAGCGUGUUCCCUACCAUCUGCUUUGGAUUCCAGUGUCAUGAGGCCGCCGUCUCCAUCUACUGCAGCAUGUGGAACCAGAACCUCUCCCACUGGACCCUGGUUUCUGUGCUGUCCUUGCUGGCCUGCUGCCUUGUCUACACGCUGACAGGGGUUUAUGGCUUCCUGACCUUCGGGCCUGAAGUUUCUGCUGAUAUCUUAAUGUCCUACCCAGGCAAUGACACAGCCAUCAUCGUAGCACGCGUUCUCUUUGCGGUCUCCAUUGUGACUGUCUACCCCAUUGUGCUAUUCCUGGGGAGGUCUGUGAUGCAGGACUUUUGGAAAAAGAGCUACUGGGCCACACGGGGGCCUCCAGUGCUGGCUGACCCCUCAGGGCCUUGGGUUCGGCUGCCUCUGACCUUCCUGUGGGUGGUGGUGACGCUCGCCAUGGCUCUGUUCCUGCCGGACCUCAGCGAGAUCAUUAGCAUCAUUGGUGGCGUCAGUUCCUUCUUCAUCUUCAUCUUCCCAGGUUUGUGUCUCAUCUGUGCUGUGGACACGGAACCCAUGGGACCAAGAGUCAAGUGCUGCCUGGAGGCCUGGGGCAUCCUCUCCGUGCUGGUGGGCACUUUCAUCUUUGGGCAGAGCACAGCGGUGGCCGUGGUGGAGCUGCUCUGAGAGGCCUCUGGGCUGACACAAUCACUCCUGCAUCUGGCCUGAAAACCCCUAUAAGGUUCUUGCUGUCACAAGGGUGCUGCCCUGUCUAUUGAGCACUGCUUCUCCUAUGGCUCACGGGACCCUGGUGAGGAAGGACGGCUGUGACAAGUUCUUGCCACGUGGUGAUUCGGGACAAUAGAAGCCCAUGCUACCGAAAGCUGGAGUGUGGGCUAGCGAGUCACGGUGCUCCAGAAGGUUCUGGAACGUUCUUCCCACUGUCCUCCUCUGGUGGUUGCAGGAAUUCCGUAGUGUCCCUGGCUUAUAGAUAUAUCACUGUAGUCACAGGGUGGACACACCUAUCCUGUAUGUCCUUUCCCAAGCAGGAUGCCAGUCUGGGCCCAUCUCAAGUUAGCACUUGUCUGCACCGGCUAUGUGUAAAGAUGUGUGACUUAGUUACUGUUCUGUUGCUGCUCAGAGGAGUUCCUUGGGAGGUUAGAGUUCAUGAGCAUCAUGGCAAGGAGCAUGGUGGCAGGCAGGCAUGAUGCUGGGGCAGUAACUGAGCCUUUACACUCUCACGGGCAAGCCCAAGACAGAGAGCACACACUGGGAAUGGUGAGGCCCCACUCCCAGUGACACGCCUCCUUCAACAAGACCACACCUCCUAAUCCUUCCCAAACAGUUGAGACCAACCAUUCAUACCUGUGAACCUGUGGGAGCCAUUUUCAUUCAAACCACUGGAUUCCACUCCCUGGCUCCCAUGGAGUGCAAAGUGCAAAGUGUAUUCAGUCCAGCUUCAAAAGGCUCCAUUGUUGGGAUCUGACUUAAGGUUACAAUAAAAUGCAUGCGAGAGCUAAGUGUCAGAGCAGCCAAUGUGGCUGUUUCUCAGGAAGUAAAUUUGGAAUGCCCACAAGUGCAGGAGGAACACGGGAACCCUUGUGACCUUCCUCAGUUUCUAGAAAACAGUCAACAGGAUUCUCAUACCUCAGACAUUUUUUUUCUGAAGACAAAUAAUAUCGUCAUGCUUCAUAUAAACCUGAACGUGCCAGGCUGUGAGGCAGGCAUCUCUGCAACUGCCAACUCCUAACUCUGUUAUCAAAGGAGCUGUAAUAAUAAAAUGAGCCUCGUUGUGCAAA